UCCUCCCUCUCAGUAUAAACAUUAGAGCUCAGAGAGGAAACUCUCCGUCUGUCCAUCCUUGUUAGGACACACAAGCAGAGACAGACACUCACUAGAAACACAAAGGACAAGUAUCAACUAAAACCAGAACACGGGACAGAAAGGAGGGGAGAUGGCACAAACUUUCCCGGAGAUAGUGGAGCUGAACGUGGGCGGGCAGGUGUACGUGACCAGGCUGGAAACUCUCACCGCGGUCCCCAACUCUCUGCUGUGGACCAAGUUCAGCCGCGGCUCCCCGGGAGAGCUGGCCAAGGACAGCCAGGGCCGCUUCUUCAUCGACCGGGACGGCUUUCUCUUCCGCUACAUCCUGGAUUAUUUGCGGGACUCGGAGCUCUUUCUGCCCGAGUUUUUCAAGGAGAAGAGGAGGCUGCGGAAAGAAGCGGACUUCUACCAGCUGCCGGGGCUGUUGCGGUGCCUGGCCGCCGCCGAAGACGGCUCACCCGCGGAGGAGGAGGAGAGCGCGGAGUCGGAGGCUGUGGAGCUCAGCAGCCCGGUCACCUCCGCCUCCUCCUCCGACAGGACCCCGCGCUCCCCCGGCGCCGACUCGGGCUACAUCACCGUCGGGUACAGAGGCAGCUACACCAUCGGCAGGGACAUCCAGGCGGACGCUAAAUUCCGCAGGGUUGCCAGAAUAACCGUGUGCAGUAAGAUUUCUCUGGCUAAAGAGGUGUUCGGGGAGUCCCUGAACGAGAGCCGGGACCCGGACCGGCCUCCGGACAAGUACACAUCCAGGUACUACCUCAAGUACAACUUUCUGGAGCAGGCGUUUGACCGACUGGCCGAAACUGGCUUCCACAUGGUGGCAUGCAACUCCACCGGGACCUGCUCGUACGGCAGCAGUGACCCGGGGGAAGACAAACUGUGGACCAGCUACACCGAGUAUGUUUUCUUCCGAUGAACGGACUGAACUCUGCCCUUAGUCUGGCUUUUGUUGGUUGGUGGUGUUUUACAGCAGUUGUAUUACUGCAUAUACUUCUGGAUUCAAUCAUCCAUUCAUUAUUAAUAUUUUUCUCCACUAAAUGCCACUUUAUAUGAGACUUUAACAAACAUUGGGUACCACUGUAGUUCCUGCAUUCAUUAAAGGGAUAGUUCAGUUUUUGUUUAAAGUGUAGUUGUAGGCCAUUCAGUGUUGCCAGCGGCCAGACUCCACUCUGGGAAAAGUACUAGUUUUGUGUGUGGACACUCGGAGCUAUACGUACGACAUGUAAUCUCGUGUGGACGCUUAUUGCCAUGCGAAAGUAUCGCCGAAUUUAGCAGUGAAACUCGCCAUGCUGUGUCCGGAGAACCACACGAGACGUCAUUUUUUCCACAAGUUUGCAAGAAACAUUGCAACAAGUUUGAUGGUGUUAGUUCUGUUUAAAAUACAGUGACUUGCGGCUCCCAUUGCGUCACAAGAUGUAGAAAAAUGAUCCCGUAGCGCGAUACAUGCGAUGGGCAAAUCACAUCAUUCAAGAAAGAUUGGUAAAUUGACCUUAGGUGUGAGUGUAAGAGUGGAUAAUUGUUUGUGAUGGACUGGCAAACUGUCAGUUGAGUGUUGGUAGAAGAUGGAUGGAUGAUCAAUGAUGUCACAACCUCUGUCACGUUAAUUUGCCUCGCAGACAACUACUACUAUUGGACAAAGUUGCGAUAAUUGGCUGAAUUUGCGAAACUUCAAUUUCAUUGAUUCCAGCAGUAACCGGACAACAGGAAAUCAUGAUUUUAGCAACUCAACAAAGAAGUUCAAUCGGUGCUGCAGUACCUCAUAUUACCACACGUCAAAAAAAACCAAAACUGAACUAUUACUUUUUUGUAUUCUUGAUCUCUUCGUACAUAUAGCGUUCAUGAGGACUCUGUGGAAGAAAAACAAAAUGCGACUUGUUCUAUCACAAAUUUAAAUUAGUUGAAGAAAAUGUGCAUUUGUUUUGCCAUCCCCUGACAACCAGUGGGUGGAGCUUCGUUAAGAGUAGGAAUCACCACAGAGAGAAAGUGCAACUCGACAUAAAUAAAAAGUGCUAUUUGUUGCUGAUACAUGGUUCUGUUUUGAUCUGUUCAUGUAGUAACCAUUGCCUCUUGCACUAAGUUGAGUAAUGUUGUGGUUUUCCUCCUCUCGUUUCCGCCAUUUUUUUCCCAGUGCAGUUAAAAAUGUUUCAAAAACUUCAUACUUUAUUCUGUCUCUUUUGCACUCAUUCACAUUUACCGUUAUUAUUGAACCUCCAUCAACUGUAAAAAAAAACAAAAAACAUUUCAAUCUUUAUACUUUCCAAUGUAUUAUACUUUGCCAUUGUGGUCUAUUUUCUUUCAAUGAAUCUUCCAAAUUCCUUGUUUUUUUUUUUGGCGAUUUCUCUAUGAUUUUCCUGAAUUUUGUUCUUCCCUCUUUAUUUCGUCGUAGAUUUUUUACACUCUUUAUAAUUACUGUUUGUUCCAAUGCUGUGAUGAUGCGUAGGAUUCAAUAAAGGUACCUCUCUCAUCAUGA